AUGUUCGGCAAUUUGGUUACCAUUACAUAUGGCAUCCCGCCUGGAUAUUCGAUCGUUUCGGACGGAUAUAUUGAAAUGCCAUGCGAGCAAUGCCUCUGGGACGCCUCCACGCCCGAGAAAUGGCAAGAGCUUGCGGCUUGGACGGGUAAAAGCUCAUCAUUGUCCCUCAGGGACGCGGUGUCGAAGUUGAUGUGCGCCAACCCAUCCAAUGAUGUGCCUGACGAAUGUUGGACCUGGUCCCCAUUUGCAGUGAAUGUGGUCAUCAACGCGGUGUCGAUCCAGAUCUGGCACAUCACUCAGGGUUCGUAUUUCCUGGGCCAUUUUUCCGGCCACGAAUGGCCUCAGGAAACGCAAAAGUCGCAACUAUGGGUACAGACGGAAGCGGCAUUAUCCAGGUGUCGCGCUCUAAUUACCCAGGCACGGUCGGAUGCAGACUACGCCUGGGCGGAGGCUGACGGACCCCUCCUCUUCAACUGCCUCGCUGUACUACGGGUCAGUUAUUGCCGCACUUUCACCGGCAUCGGAGCGGCAGAUUCUAUGAUGCUUCUGAAAGGCAGCCGCGCCGAGCUUGUUGCGUCGAUCGAAGACUUUGUCGCCAUGCCCCAAGAUAGGAGUGACCGUGUCACAAGGGCGGUUACUCGGGCUUUUGAGGGCAUGUUGAUUCCGUACAAGUCAGGGACGUUGCUCAUCAAGAAGACUGCCGCCUUGACCUGGGCCAUAGGACACGCUCUUGCAGGCUGGGAGACAGCCUUGCUCGUGACCAAGUGGGUAUAUACAAUUGAGGUACAAAGCCGCCGGGGAAUCAACGGGACCAUCACUGAGCGAGAGGCUCAGACCAUGCAGAGCAUUCGAGAUCUUCUGGCUGAUCUUGAGGACGAUGAAUCGGUGAACCAAAACUCCGUAUGCUUGGCCGCUACGCUGGCGCGACAUUGGGCGGGAUUCUAUGAUGAUACUUGGGUCUGGGGAGUGACGCCUCGGAUGGGCUGGGCUCUCCGAGAGUUGGCCAACUGUUACGAGAGCAGCUUGCCUGAUGGCACUGGCAGGUUAGCAAGCUAG